AUGACUAAGACGAAAUUAGCUGCUUUCGAAGUUAAACACAAGUGUAUGACUGAGAUGCAAGAGAAACAGUUUCAUCUCCUGCAGAAAGUGAAUGAGUUGCAAGAUGAAAUUGCAAUUCUGAAAAAACAGCGACAAGAACCAGAAGUUGGUGAAAAUUCGGCUGCAAAAAGUGUCAACAAAAGAUUACAACCCAAGUGUGUUCUGGUUGACUGGGCUGGAACAAAUGAAAACGUUGCUGAGGGAAGAAUUAUUUCUUCUGAACCAGAUGACUUGGUGAAUGACACUCGUUUAGGCCCCACGGAUGUGAAAGUACUAGUUGAUUCCGCAACUGUUCCAGAUGCAUUUCUUUGGAGACCGGCAAGUAACAUGUUCACAAUGGUUGAAGCUGUAGGACAAAUGAUUGCAUGGCCUGCCUCUAAGUGUGUUGAUCUAGAACCAGUGACAGAAGCAGUCGACAUUACACCACUGGGCCAAAGAGCGACCUCAAUAAACAAAUGCAAACUACUUGAUUUGUCUUCAGAUGAUGUUGUUGUUGCUGAAGGACGCUGGCAGACAGAAGAACCAAAAGCAUUGGUUAAUGGUUUACCUCUUGGGCCAAAAGCUGUUAAAGUGUUCAUUGAUCAAGUGCAUCAGCCUGAGACAUUUAUAUGGAGGCCUACGAUAGAAACAACAUACCUUGAAGACUGUCUACUGUCUUUUGUAGCAUGGCCUGCCUGCAAAGUUGUCUUCGAGAACAGAGGAGAGGUGGAACAGGGCAUAAAUUUCCGUUUGACAACUCUGUUUCAACUGAUCAAGCUUUGGGAGGGAGCAGAGGUUAUCAAAGAAAAUCAGAAGUGCAAGCUGAUGGAUAUUGGUGGAAGGAAGCUGGUUGUUGCUGAAGGUCAUGUGCAUUCGAUCAACCUAGAUCAAAUGGUACACUUUGUUAGAUUGGGGUCUGAUGCAGCAAGAGUUUGGGUGGACAUAGUCAAUGUCGAUGAUGCAGCGGUUUGGAAGCCAUCAGAUGAAAUAGAAACUCUGAAAGAUGCGCACGGUUCAUCAAUCGCAUGGCCGAUGGAUAAAUUGGUCAUCUUUUGA